UCAUUUCCUAUGAGUAUGAAUUAAGCGUAGGCUGAAAUUUGGGUGGGGAAAAGUCCUUUCCCAUUGCAUUGCUUUACGCAUCAUCAGGCAUCAUAUUAGCUCGUUGCUGAUGAGUUCUCUGCUCUGUACUCGAACCCAUCUAGCUUCCGUGUCCGCCUGAAGAACGGUAAAUUGCAAGUGAAAACCCAGCAGCAAAAGCAAUGGAGAACAAAGCAAGCAAAAAGCUGAACAUCGCCAUCAUACACCCAGAUCUGGGAAUCGGUGGAGCUGAAAGAUUAAUUGUUGAUGCGGCUGUUGAACUUGUUUCCCAUGGUCACAAUGUUCAUGUAUUUACAGCUCACCAUGAUAGGACUCGGUGUUUUGAGGAAACUCUUGGUGGUACCUUCCCGGUUACAGUGUAUGGAGAUUUCCUACCUCGCCAUAUAUUCUACCGUCUUCAUGCAUUAUGUGCAUAUGUUCGAUGUAUUUUUGUUGCGCUUUGUGUACUUAUCAAUUGGUCAUCAUUUGAUGUUAUACUAGCAGAUCAAGUCUCUGUUGUCAUCCCAUUGUUGAAACUUAAAGGGCCAACAAAGGUUUUAUUUUAUUGUCAUUUCCCGGAUUUGUUGCUGGCUCAACAUACAACUCUUCUCAGGAGUUUAUAUAGGAAACCUAUAGACUUUGUUGAAGAAAUAACAACUGGAAUGGCAGAUAUGAUUCUUGUAAAUAGUAAAUUUACUGCCACUACCUUUGCAAAUACUUUCAAGCAUCUUCAUGCACGAGGAAUUUUCCCCACUGUCCUAUAUCCAGCUGUCAAUAUGGAUCAGUUUAAUGAACCCUGCUUUAAUAAGUUGAAUUUUCUCUCCGUUAACCGUUUUGAAAGAAAAAAGAAUAUUGAUUUAGCACUUUCAGCCUUUGUUAUGCUUCAUAUCCUUGAUGGGGAUCAUAACAUACCUGAUGUUACCUUGACCAUUGCAGGUGGGUAUGAUGAACGCUUGAGAGAGAAUGUUGAAUACUUGGAGGAGCUUAAACGCUUUGCCAUAGAAAACAAAGUGGCGGAUCAGGUUAACUUUGUUACAUCUUGCUCGACAGCUGAAAGAAAUGCUCUUCUAUCUGAAUGCUUGUGUGUCCUUUAUACUCCACAGGAUGAACACUUCGGCAUUGUUCCAUUGGAAGCUAUGGCAGCUCACAAACCUGUAAUUGCAUGCAACAGUGGGGGCCCUGUGGAGACAAUUAAGAAUGGGGUUACUGGAUUCCUUUGCAACCCUACUCCCCAAGCAUUUGCUUUGGCAAUGGGUACAUUCAUCAAGGAUCCACAGUUGGCCAAGACAAUGGGUGAAGAGGCCUGGAGGCAUGUCACAGAGAAUUUUUCUACGAAGACUUUUGGCCAGCGUUUAAAUCGGUUCUUCAACGAUAUUUUUGGGAGUAAGGAAGACUGAGAAUGACUAACAUGCAUGAUACAAUGAUUGUUAUUAAAUUAUAGGCGAAAACUUACUACAGAUAAUUUUGUUCUGAAAAUCUGGCAACAGACUCACAAGACCAUUGACAGUGUUACUGUUUUGGAAGUCAGAAGAUUAUCAUACAACAAAAAGUUAAAUG